GUCACACCUGGGCAGGCGGCUGCCCCUCCUCCCUGGGUUGAGGAAGCAGGAAAGAGUGGUGCAGAGAGGCAGUGGGCAGCUCUGCCAGGCAGCGGUGGUCAGUGCCCGGCAAGAUGGGCUCUCUCUGGGGCUUAACUGUGCCUCUCCUUCUCUUCUGCUGGAAGGCUGGAGUCGCUACCAGCUCUGCAGGCCUGAGCAUCGGCAGUUCCGCUCCUGUGGUGACAAUGAACAACACUGAAGUGCCUGCCUUCACUCACACGGACAGGCCCAGUUCAGCGGGGGCUUUCCAGACCACUGACCUUAUACAGUACGUUUCUCUAGACGCUCAAACUCUGAGUGCUGAAACUGCUUCUAACACUUUAGCUGCCACCAGUACCAGUUCAGAGGUCAACUCCGGGGACACUCAGACCAUCUCUCCUGCAGCAGAAACAGGGAUGACACAGACCACCUGUACUGCAGCAUCGGCCCUGGAUAUUCAGAUCACCUCCACUACAGCGUCAGCUCUGGAGACCCAGACCUCUUCCCUUGCAGCAUUUAGCAUAGAUACUCAGGCUUCCUUCCCUGCAGCAUCAUCCCUGGACACCCAGACCACUUCUGCACCAUCAACACUGGACACCCAGACCACUUCUGCACCGUCAUCCCUGGACACCCAGGCCACUUCUGCACCGUCAUCCCCGGACACACAGACCACUUCUGCACCGUCAUCCCUGGACACACAGACCACUUCUGCACCGUCAUCCCCGGACACACAGACCACUUCUGCAGCAUCAACCCUUGACACCCAGACCACCUCCCCUGCAACAUCAACCACCCAGACCACUUCUGCACCAUCAUCCCUGGACACCCAGACCACUUUCCCCACAACAGGCACCCUAGAGAACCAGUUCAUCUUUCCUGUUGAAUUGACCCUAAACACCCAGAGUAUUUCCCCAGUAACAGAGACCAGAACUCUUGCAAUAAAAAUGCCUUCCGACUUCACAGUUGUGCACCCCAAGCCUACAGAUACUUCAGCUACAAGUGGCAGCCCCAAAGUAGAAAUGAGCAGUGCCAAGACAGGCACAGUGAGUGACCCCGUAGAUGCUAUCUUUGACACCCUUUGUACGGAUGACAGCUCUGAAGAGACUCGGAAGAUCACAGUUGACCUCUUGACCUUGGCGCACACCUCCACAGAAGCUGAACACCUGUCCUCGGAGAGCGGCUCCACCUUGGACAACUCAGGUAGGGUCCUCACCAGCCCACAGGUCCUGGGAGCCGACACUGUACCUCCAACCAAGGACUUGGUUGCUUUCAGCAUCACCCUUAGUAAGCUCAGCACCUGCAUCACAGAGAUAGAAACACCUGCCAUCAUCCCUGGGACCUCAGACACAACCCACAGCCCUACAGGGGCCUUGUCAACUUCCGAGACACUAACUUCACCUCAAUCCCCUGAGGCAAAUCCACUUAGCCCCAAGACCACAAGCUCAGCUGGGACUCUGUGGACAACUGGUACCUCAGCUCUUGUCACAACCCUUGAGGGCACACUCCCUACUAGUGACGUCAAAGAAAGAGAAACAACAGCGGCUCAGACUCCCACCUCUGGUGGUACUUUGGUGACAGUUAGUACGAGCCCACUGAAAGAGACCUCGGCACUCUCUAUUGAGACGCAAAGCCACACUGAGGUCUUGGGAACAAUUACAGUCCCCAGGGCUGCUGGAUCAACAAUGGCAGAAACAAUAUCCUUCUCUGGUUCCUCAACUUCAGACAGCAGUCCCUCAGCAGGGGCCACCACCAAGGGCUCUACCACCACAGAGACUUUAACCGCAGAUGAUAGAACCGGCAGCUCCUUCCUCGCAGGCAGUAGCUCUCUUCCUUUUGUCUAUUCAACGAUACCCAGCACCAGUAAAAACGCAAACAUCACCUUAGCCAAGACUACAGCAUCACCAGGGACCCCAGUGAUGCCUUCACCAUCUACACCCACUACUUUUUGGACAAGGAGAACCCCAAAACAUGAUCCAGGUGAAGAUGGCGGCUUCCUCCUUGUACGUGUGAGUGUGGCCUCCCCUGAGGACCUCACUGAGCCCAAAGCUGCAGAGAAGCUGAUGCACCAGCUCAGCUGUGAACUGCACACCCACAUGCCACUUGUCCAAGUGUCCUUACUGAGCAUCAGAAGGGGCUGAAGGAUGUUAGCUGCAACCAGGCACGCCCUCCAUGGAAGAAGAGUAAUGCUGCUUGUGGCCUGGGCUCCAAACCGACCAAAGCCAUGGUACUGUGCCGUGGACCCAGAUGGCACCCAUGAAGGUCAGCUGACUUGAGAGCCCUACCCCACACCUGACCACAAGGCAUUUGUCCACUCUGCCUGAGGGUGUGUGCAAGGGGAAAGGGCUGGCCUGUUUCCAGUGGUGUCCUUCACCUUCUCUGACUGGUAUUUCAGUAAAGAGAGAACUGAC